UGCUGCUGACGGAGCUGGUUCGCCCCCGGCUCGGCUCGUGGCGGGCCAGCCCCUCUUCGUGGGUACUCUGUCAGUCAUUGGCUCCCUGCGGUUUCCUUGGGGACGUGGCGCCGCCGCCGGCCCGGGCUCUCCUUCCGGCUGGGCUAGGGGCCGCGGGGAGCAGCUCGGGACUGAGCCCAGCGCUGUCGAAGGAACCGGCGAGCCGCUUGAUCCCGCUGCAGACGUAGGAGAUGCCUGGAACAAGGAGGCCACCUUCUCAGGGCAAAAGAAAAAGGUGACAGGCGUUGAGCCUACUGAAGGGAACCCAUGGCUAGGAUCAGUUUUUCCUACCUCUGCCCAGCCUCCUGGUACUUCACUGUGCCCACAGUGAGUCCAUUUCUCCGUCAGCGGGUGGCAUUCCUGGGACUCUUCUUCAUAUCCUGUCUCCUUUUACUUAUGUUAAUCAUAGACUUUCGACAUUGGAGUGCCUCAUUACCACGAGAUAGGCAAUACGAAAGGUAUUUGGCUCGAGUAGGGGAGCUUGAAGCUACUGACACUGAAGACCCAAAUCUGAAUUAUGGACUCGUUGUUGACUGUGGCAGCAGUGGUUCCCGGAUUUUUGUUUAUUUCUGGCCAAGACAUAAUGGGAACCCCCAUGACUUGCUGGACAUCAAACAGAUGAGAGACCGCAACAGCCAACCAGUGGUUAAAAAAAUCAAGCCAGGAAUCUCUGCAAUGGCAGACACUCCAGAACAUGCCAGUGAUUACCUUCGUCCUCUGCUGAGCUUUGCUGCUGCUCAUGUGCCUGUGAAGAAGCACAAGGAGACCCCCCUUUAUAUCCUCUGCACAGCAGGCAUGAGGCUUCUCCCUGAGAGAAAGCAGUUGGCUAUCUUGGCUGACCUAGUGAAAGAUUUACCACUGGAGUUUGACUUCCUCUUUUCACAGUCUCAGGCAGAAGUGAUCUCUGGGAAGCAGGAAGGGGUUUAUGCAUGGAUUGGAAUCAACUUUGUUUUGGGAAGAUUCGACCAUGAGGAUGAAUCAGAUGCUGAGGCUACCCAGGAAUUGGCAGCAGGACGGAGAAGGACAGUAGGGAUACUGGAUAUGGGAGGAGCCUCUCUCCAAAUUGCUUAUGAAGUUCCUACCUCAACCUCUGCCCUUCCCGCAAAUCAGGAAGAAGCUGCCAAGAUCCUGCUGGCUGAGUUCAACCUGGGCUGUGAUGUGCAGCACACUGAACAUGUGUACAGGGUUUACGUCACAACUUUUUUGGGUUUCGGAGGCAACUUUGCCCGGCAGCGCUAUGAAGACCUUGUUCUGAAUGAAACUCUUAACAAAAACAGAUUGCUGGGUCAGAAGACAGGUCUGAGUCCCGACAAUCCAUUUCUGGAUCCCUGCCUGCCUGUGGGACUCACAGAUGUGGUGGAGAGGAACAGCCAAGUGUUGCAUGUCCGAGGAAGAGGAGACUGGGUGUCUUGUGGGGCAAUGCUGAGCCCCCUGCUGGCUCGCUCCAACGCCAGCCAGGCCUCACUCAAUGGCAUCUAUCAAUCGCCAAUUGACUUCAACCACAGCGAGUUCUAUGGCUUCUCUGAGUUUUUUUACUGUACAGAGGAUGUGUUGCGCAUUGGUGGCCGCUACCAUGGGCCAACAUUUGCCAAGGCUGCUCAGGAUUACUGUGGCAUGGCUUGGUCGGUACUAACUCAGAGAUUCAAGAAUGGCCUCUUUUCAUCACAUGCAGAUGAGCAUCGACUCAAAUAUCAGUGUUUUAAAUCAGCUUGGAUGUAUCAAGUCUUACAUGAAGGAUUCCACUUUCCCUAUGACUACUCAAACCUGCGGACAGCCCAGCUGGUGUAUGACCGAGAGGUUCAGUGGACGCUGGGAGCCAUUCUAUAUAAAACACGAUUCUUACCACUCAGAGUCUCAGUCUGUUGCCCAGGCUGGAGUGCAGCGGCACGAUAUUGACUCACUGCAACCUCUGCCUCUCGGGUUCAAGCAAUUCUUCUGCCUCAGCCUCCUGAGUAGCGGGACUACAGGUACACACCACCACACCCAGCUAAUUUUUGUAUUUUUAGUAGAGACGGGGUUUCACCAUAUUGGGCAGGUGGGUCUCAAAUUCCUGAUUUUGUGAUCUACCCACUUGGGCCUCCCAAAGUGGUGGGAUUAUAGCCGUAAGCCAUCGCACCUGGCCUAAUCUUUUAAUUUAUUGUAAGUAUGGAAAAUAUUUUCUCCUAGUCUGUCACCUUUUCUUUCUUCUUUCUUUCUUUCCUUCCUCCCUCCCUCCCUCCCUCCCUCUCUCCUCUCUCUCUCUCUCUCUUUCUUUCUUUCUUUCUUUCUCUUUCUUUCUUUGUUUUUAACAGACAGGAUCUCACUCUGUUGCCCAGGCUGGGGUGCAGUAGUGUGAUCUUGGCUCACUGUAACCUCAACCUCCCUGGCUUGGGUGAUCCUCCCACCUCAGCCUCCCAAGUAGUUUGGACUACAGGCACACACCCACAUACCCAUCUAACUUUUGUAUUUUUGGUAGAGACAGGGUUUUGUCAUGUUGCCCAGGCUGGUCUCAAAUUCCUGGCUCCAGUGAUCUGCCCACCUAAGCCUCCCAAAGUGCUGGGAUUACAGGCAUGAGCCAUUGUGCCCAGCCUCUUUUUAACUUUGUACUGGGGAUACUGUCAGACCAAAAAGAAGUGGUUUAUACCUGUGUAUACGCCAAAGCCAGCAGAGUCAUUGCUGCCAUCUUGGUCCUUCUAGGAAGGGGAAUUCUCCGGGAAAAGAAGUACAGCACUGUAAUGGCAGUGACUGAAGUGAUUCCCUGCAGGAAGAAAGAUUCUAACACAUUAGAAAGAAGUGCCAGGUUUCUAUUCACCUUACAUGUAUCUCCUCUAGAAACCACUCAGCAACCAAGAAGUACCGUCCUGUACCAGUCACAGAGAAGAUCCCUGCAGUUCCACCCUGAUUCCUCCACUGCAGACUGUCUCUUCCACUGUCCUCUUCUGCUUGCCACUUAAAUGUUGGUGUGACCCAGGGCUCCACCUAAGUUUCUGUAUGUACCUCUUUAUAUACCCUCACUCCCAGUGAUCUCAUCCACCUUCCAAUGUGGGUGUUCCCCUCAUAUGUAAGUCAUUCUUUGCAUGCUUAUCCCUAACUGUAGCUCUAAUUCUAUAUUCUUAAAGCAGGGCUGACCCCAGCAGAUGAGGGUUAUCUUCCUGGGCUAGGAGUGGAGAAAGUGGUGGUGCCACCUGCUGGUGCUAAAAAUGACCUAAUAUCUCAUUUUCAUUCCUAUCCCUUCAGAACAAAGGUCCAGGACUGGCAAUAAGGUCCCCUUCCUCUCCCACGAUAUCAGGGAGAAUGUUUUCUAUCAUAUGUCUACAUUUAUUUCACUUUGUUUCCUUUUCAGAGCUUUCCACACUGACAAUUUCAAUCAGGCUUGCUUAUGCCAAAAACUGUGUGCAGGUGGGGACUCAGUCCACAGCAGGUAAUGGUGCCUCUGCCCAGUCCCUGUUGCACAGCUGAAUCCUCUGGCCCUCUCUCUCUGUAUGUACUCUCUUUCAUCUCACACUCAACAUGCCUCCAUCUGAUGACAUCCUCCCACCUCUAGCUUCACACUCAUUUCGAUGGUCCCAUUCCUGUUGGUCAUGUUUUAAGCAUGCUGCAGACAGCCAAUCUAUUAACUCACUCCUCUCUCUCUCUCUCUCUCUCUCUUCUUAUUUUUAAAUUUAACUUUUUAAGAGACAGGAUCUCACUCUGUCUCCCAGGCUACAGUACAGUAAUGUGAUCACAGCUCACUGCAGCCUCAAGCUCCUGGGCUCAAGCAAUCUUUUCACUUCAGCCUCCAAAAGUGCUGGUAUUACAGGUGUGAGCCACUGUGCCCAGGCUCUGUGUUCCUUUAAAUUCUCUCUCAGAUGUAUCAUUCUUCUCAAGUUCCAUUCCCACCAUGUAGCCCCCAUAUCUCUCACCCUCCUCGGCACUGUGCAGUGGCACUAUGCUUUUCACAGUCUCCUUACUGCUGAUCUUUCCCCACUCCAAUUCAUCACACCCAGUCCUCCAAGCCAAUCUUUACAUGGCCCAUAGCAGACCCUCACUACAUAUUAGCUUAAAUAGAAUAAAAAGUACUGGUGAAGCUCCUGGCUCCUGGCUCCUUGAGGUUCUGGUUUAGCUGCAAUAGCUAUGUGCUCAGCAACUAUGGUCUCCACAUUCUUCUCUCUACUCAACCUCAUUUCUGCUGAAAUGACUUUCUAGGUAUGUGCAGGAUUGAGGGAGGUUAUCACUUGCCAAGUGGUAAAAGGCAUAUUUGAACUUUAAGAAGCUGGUAAUGCCCUGAAAGCUAGAAUUUGGCUGGGGUGGGUGCUGAGGGACAGGGGUGAGUAAUGAGGACAAAAACAUUACAUCGGAGAACUAGUCCCAAAAUUUCUUCCAAAGAGAGCAGGAAAUAUAGGUCCUGCUCUACCCUGUCACUGUUGCCAUCAGUGCUUCACCGAUGACACCCCAAAGCCUAUGAUAGGCUCCUGUGCUCUCUGGCAGGUAACCACCAGCUACACUUACCAGAAUCCGGUGAUCAAACUGCACCAUGGUGGGAUUCUCAAAAACAUUCCUCAGGAUGGGGGAGAAGGUAAAGAGGUCCUCCGGGAUCCAGGAUUCUCCCAUUUUGGGAAAGGAGUUGUAAACAAGCCCAGCAUCUAGCCCUGCCACAAAAGCCCCUGCAUUCCAAGGUAAGUGGUAUUUAUUAAAAUGAGAGGAAGAAGAGACCAGAUAUUAGUUCUGACAUAGAAAAGUUCUGUUAUCCCAGAGUUAAACUAAGGGAAUAAUCAGAGAAUAAUAGAAAGAUCUACAACAGGAGUUCUCCAACAGGGAAGAUCCAUCUCAAUCACCAUAGAAACUUCAAAUCUCUGCAUCCUUACCUGCUCCCACCCCAAGAUUCUGCUUCCUCUAGAGAAGUGGAGUAGAGGCUCUGGUGUAGCAGGAGGAGGAGAGGCUUAUUAGCUUAGAAAAAUUCCCUUAGUGAUUUUGAUGCCCUCCUCACCCCCGACUGAAUGCUACUGAUUUAUUUUAGAAAUGCUCUCCCACAGAUGUCUACAUCUUGGACAUCUUGUCUACAUCUUGGAAGUAAGGGAGAUGACUCCCUUACUUCCUCAGCUUCCACUCAGAUGUCCUUAUCAAAGAGAUUUCACUUGAUGAUCCCAUGUAAAAUGGCACUCCCCUAGCCCAUUUUCUCUCUCCUAACCCUAAUUUAUUGUUCUUCAUGACAUCUAACACAUUAUGUUUCUAUUGUGCAUUAUCUGUCUUCCCCAAAUGCUCAAUAAAUGUUUUUUGACUGAACAUAGAAGUUAGAAAAAUCCCAAAACUUAUAAAUGAAAUCCUGGAUAAACAAAUAAAGAGGGUAUUCAUGAAUGAAUGGAUGACUGAUCCAUUAUUUAUUAUCAAAGAAAAUCCAGAAAUGUUUGGGUCACCCUCCCUUUUUUUUUUUUUUUUUUUUUUUUUCCUGUUUUUGAGUCAGAGUCUUGCUCUGUCACCCAGGCUGGAGUGCAGCGGCAUAAUCUCAGUUCACUGCAGCCCUGACCUCCUGGGCUCAAGCAAUCUUCCCGCCUUAGCCCCUGAGUCGCAGGGACUACAGGUGUACAACAUCACACCUGGUUAAUUUUUGUAUUUUUUGUAGAGACGAGGUUUCACCAUUUUGCUCAGGCUGGUCUUGAACUCCCUGGCUCAAGCAAUCCACCUGCCUCAGCAUCCCAAAGUGCUGGAAUCACAGAUGUAAGUCACCAUACCCAACCCACUCCAUAUUUUUAAAUACCUCUUAUGAAGUAAAAAUUCAUGCUCUUAUACCAAAAAUAAAAGUGUUGAGUAGCUCAUUGGUUUGAAUCAAUAUUAUUUUUAUUCCAGAGCAGUGCUGUCAAUAGAACUUUCUGUGAGAGUGGAAGUGUUCUGUAUUUGUGUCGUCCAAUAUACUAGCCACUAGCCACAUGUGCCUAUGGAGCAUCUGAAAUGUGGCCAGUGUGACUGAAGAACUAAAUUUUAUUUAACCUUAAAUUAAUAAGUUUAAAUAUCCAUACGAGGCUACAGAUUCCUCCACUAGAUAGUGCAGUUCUAGAAUGAGAGCAGCAGAGGUGCUGUGGUUUAAAGAAUGAAAAAGGCUGGGCUUCUGGCUUAUGCCUACAAUCCCAGCACUUUGGGAGGCCGAGGUGGGUAGAUCACUUGAGGUCAGGAGUUCCAGACCAGCCUGGCCAAAGUGGUGAAACCCCGUCUCUACUAAAAAUAUAAAAAUUAGCUGGGCGUGGUGUUGUGCACCUGUAGUCCCAGCUACUUGGGAGGCUGAGGCACAAGAAUCGCUUGGACCCAGGAGGCAGAGGUUGCAGUAAGCUGAGAUCAUGCCACUGCACUCCAGCCUGAGCAACCGAGUAAGACUCGGUCUCAAAAAAAAAAGAAUGAAAAAAAUCCUAUGUUGGUCUCUCUGUGCCAAUGAACUCUCCACCUGUAACCAUCUGUGAGGGCAAGUCUUUUGUCUGACCCAUCUUGAUGUAAUGUGAUAACAAUAAUGUUUAUAUAAUAGUAACAGCUAACACUUAUAUAGCCUUUGCUUCAUACCAGGUACUGUUCUACACAUUUCACAUUUACUACUCAUACUGUUGUCAUAAUCUCCAUUUUACAGAUAAGGUCUCAAAGUCCCAAGAGAGGUUACAGAGCUUGCAAAGGUCAUACAGUUCACAGGUGGCGAAGCUAGGAUUUGAACCUAGGCAGUCUGGAUCUAGGUACAUGUUCAAAAUUUUUGUUCAAUUGACAGGAAUGUAGAAUUUUUGGAAGAGAGAAAGGAACAGGAAACAGGGUGAAGAUGGUGGGAAUGUGAGAAGCAGAUGUGAAAAGGAAAUAUAAAGAUGCAGAAGGAAGGGGCAAAGCAUCAGGCAAGAGGUCCCACCUUUGAGUACAAUGCUAACAGGUCAUUUCCGAUGAGCUGAGUCCUACCUGAGAGAGCUGUAAGGAACACCAGACCUGCUGUUCCAUGAGCAAAUCGUCUCAACCGUAGGAGCUGACGGGUUUCAGGCAACUAAAUAAGAAAAAAAAAUCAGUUAAACUGUGUUGCAGGAACAAUGAGAGGCAGCAAAGAUCUCCAAUGCCAAACCCAAGUGACAAAUUAGGAUCAGAUCUUCUCUGACUCCUAGACUAGGUUUAGUAUUCCCAGCAGAUAUUCUGUUCCAACGUGCGCUGGACUUUAUUAUAAUUAUAUGUUACUAUCUGUUUUCCCUGAUACCCCGUUAAGUUUUGUGAAGGCAGGAACUGCCAUCUUUCUUACAACAGCAAUCUUAGCUUAGUGAUUGGCGCAUAGGUACUCAUUACAUAUCUGUUCAAAAACUGAAUGAUUUACAUUAUUCAGGAAAAAAUGCUUCAUCACAGCUAAAAGGAUAUAGCUUAAGAUCAGGACUGGAUUUUUCAUGUGUGUCAUAUCAGUGUUUAGCAAAUACAGUCAGAAUCAAAAUUGCAUAAAAUGCUUAGAGAUUUCUGUGUUUAGUGUUUUUGAUAAAAUCAAAAUUUGUUUUUAUUCUUACUACAGCCAACUUCUAAUACUAAUCAAUGAAUCAUCAAAUAUUUAUUAAGAGCUUUAUAAAAAGGUGACUAUAAAGAUACAAAGGAGUUAUGUCAGAAUGCUACCCUCAAAUAGCUUACAAUCUACUAUAUGAAAAGUUAGAUAUCAUUGCUAACAUAUCAUAGAACUUGCUGUGAUGGAAAAGGACUAUCAUCUACCUAAGAAGAGCUUGAAACCUGGCUAGUAUGACUGAAAAUUAAAUAAAAAAUUAAUUUAAAGGUUAAGUAAAAAAAAGUUUACUUAAAUAAAGUUAAUUUUAUUAAAUUAAUUAAAAAAAAUUUUUUUUCUUCCUCAUUCUGUCACCCAGACUGAAGUGCAGUGGUGUAAUCUUGGCUCACUGCAACCUCCAACUCCCACAUUCAAGUGAUUCUCCUGACUCAGCCUCCCAAGUAGCUAGGAUUACAGGCGUGUGCCACUAUUGCCUGGCUAAUUAUUUAAUUUUUAGUAGAGAUGGGGUUUUAACAUGUUGGCCAGACUGAUCUCGAACUCCUGACCUCAAAUGAUCCAUCCACCUCAGCCUCCUAAAAUGCUGGGAUUACAGGCAUGAGCCACCGUGCCCAGCCUUAAUUAAUUAAAAUUUAAAUAGCCAUAUGUAGCUAGUAGCUAAUGUGUUGGACAGCACUGCACUAUAUGGCUCAUUGGCUAGCAUCUCAAAUCCUUUUUGUAAUUAGGUGAAUCUAAAUAUACAGAGAAAAACAAUUAAUUGAUAAAGUUAUCAGUAACCUUUAAGAGUACAAUUUCAGCAGUGAGAGUAUGUGGGUUUAUGUGUGACUGUGGGUAAAUGUGUGACUGUGUAUGUAUUGGGUAGGGUGGGGAAGAUAAUUACAGGGAUUGAAAAGAAGGAAUAGGUUGUCAGGAGGCAGCAGCUAUAUAUGCAGGCAAUUCAUUUUAGAAGUUUGGCUUUGACUGGUGUGGUGGCUCACACCUGUAAUCCCAGCACUUUGGGGAGGCAGAGGCAGAGGCAGGUGGAUCACCUGAGGUCAGGAGUUCGAGAGCAGCCUGGCCAACAUGGCAAAACCCCAUCUCUACUAAAAAUACAAAAAAAUUAGCUGGGCAUGAUGGCUUGUGCCUGUAGUCCCAGCUACUUGGGAGGCUGAAGCAGGAGAAGUGCUUGAACCCGGGAGGCAGAGGUAGCAGCGAGCCAAGAUCACGCCACUGCAUUCCAGCCCGGGCAACAGAGCGAACUGGAACAAACAAACAAACAACAAAAACAAAAGAAGUCUGGCUUUAAAAGUCAGGAGAACAGGAAUUAUUCAGACGUGGUUUUCUAGUACAUCGAUAUUUCAACCCAAUUGGCUUGUCUGUGGGAAUGACUGCCCAGACAACAUCUUCAGUCCUUAUCGGGAUCAAGCUGCUUGUUCCAAGUACCUAACAGAUAAUUCAGCUCAAAAGUCCUGCUGUCAUCUCAAACUUUUCUCCAGGAACAGCUUACUCAGGUCAACCCAUGAUUUCAAUACCUAAUAUAAGACUCUUUUUUUUUUUUUUUUUUUGAGACAGAAUUUCACUCUUGUUCCCCAGGCUGGAGUGCAAUGGUGCAAUCCGGCUCACAACUUCCACCUCCCAGGUUCAAGUGAUUCUCUUGCCUCAGUCUCCCAAGUAGCUGGGAUUACAGGUAUGCGCCACCAUGCCCAGCUAGUUUUGUAUUUUUAGUAGAGAUGGGGUUUCUCCAUGUUGCUCAGGUUGGUCUUGAACUCCCAACCUCAGGUGAUCUGCCUGCCUCGGCCUCCCAAAGUGCUGGGAUUACAGGCAUGGGCCAUUGCACCCAACCAAGACUCAUGUUAAAAACAAUUCUCGGGGAAAAAAAAUGUCCUAUAAGGGUGCAGUGUCUUGAGACCUCUAUUAUUAAUGAAGGUCUCAAAAAAAUGUUAUACCUUGCUUUUAAAUCAAAGCAUAAAAUGAAAAACUAGCAUUCUCCUUUAAUCAGCAUACAGAAAAAUACUUCAGACAAAAUCACUAAGGUUUCCUAUAUUAUUAGACUUAAGUGGUAGGUCCCUGUUUAAUGAACAAUACAAUAUGGCUCUUAUACACCCCAGAAAUUCAGAAACACCUCUGUUCUGAUCUUCCUCACCUUGCCAUCUACCAUCCCUUCUGGGAGUCGAAGGUAAAGUGACAGGGAUAUCUCUUGUUGUUGGUAUUCCCUCCCACUCUAUUUUUCAAUUUGUGUUUCACCUUUCCCAGUAGAAAAUGUUGGCAAAAUAUUCAGCUCCCAUGUGAUCCAGUAAUUCUACUUCUAGAUACAUAUCCAAAAGAAUUUGAAAGCAGGGUCUUGAAGAGAUAUUUCCACACAACUCACCUUGUGUGGAGGCAGUAGCAGUGAGAGUGAGGUCCAUAAGCUGGCACAAUAAAGAACCAGGGCUGAUCCCAGGUGAGCAGCGAGGCGGUACUGACUGACCCGAGGGAUGUCAUGGGCGUCUGGUUUUUCUUCUAGUCCGCUUUUCACCAUAUACCAUCCCAACAGACCCUAGAACCCCCAAGUGACAAAGCAAACAAAACCAGGUUAAAAUGAUCUGUUCAACUUUACUGAGGAAGUGGGCUAUCAGGAGUACUCGCUACCCUCCCCCUUCUCUUUCCAUACCCUCCCCAAUAUGCACUGUCCCAAGAUUCAUGACUUAUUCACAAUUCUUCAUAUAUCACCAUUAAUACUUAACUACUAUUUAGAUAAGAAGUAUCCAAUCUUUUGGCUUCCCUGGGCCAAACUGGAAGAAGAAUUGUCUUCAGCCAUGCAUAAAAUACGUUAACGAUAGCCGAUGAGCUUAAAAACAAAAGGGUCCAUGCAUAUGUCUUAUAAAACUAGACCGAAUACUUUGGAGAAACUUAAUAAAGGUAAAUGCUUAAAAAUAACUACCAUCAGAGCCGGGCGCGGUGGCUCAAGCCUGUAAUCCCAGCACUUUGGGAGGCCGAGGCGGGUGGAUCUCGAGGUCAAGAGAUGGAGACCAUCCUGCUUCAAUGAGGUGAAACCCUGCCUCUACUAAAAAUACAAAAAAUUAGCUGGGCAUGGUGGCGCGUGCCUGUAAUCCCAGCUACUUAGGAGGCUGAGGCAGGAGAAUUGCCUGAACCCAGGAGGCGGAGGUUGCGGUGAGCAGAGAUUGUGCCAUUGCACUCCAGCCUGGGUAACAAGAGCAAAACUCCAUCUCCAAAAAAAAAAAAAAAAAAAAAAAACAA